AUAGCACGAGGCCUGCAAAUACUUACAUAAAUUGUAUUCAUUCACUUGCUAUUAAUUAGUCCGCCGUAUAUUGAUGGAAAGGACUGUUCAGCUACAUGGGCAGUGUUUUGGCUGCCAGCUUCCCAAACCCACCCCCAGCCUCAGGGGGUGGCAGUGCCCCAGGGGGUGCAGGUCUAGUGACGGUACCCCCAGGUUUCACCAUGCCCCCAGUGUCUGCAGUCCCACCCUCCUCAGGCACACAAGGGCAGCCCGGGACAGAUGCAGAGUCCUCUCUCCACAACCCCGGUACAUUUGAGGAGUGUCAUCGCAAAUGCAAAGAGGUCUUCCCUGUGCAGAUGGAGGGGGUACGAUUGGUUGUCAACAAGGGCUUGAGUAAUCACUUCCAGGUUAGUCACACAAUUACUCUAAGCACCUUGGGGGACUCAGGUUACAGAUUUGGAGCUACAUACGUGGGCAGCAAGCAAACAGGACCUGCAGAGUCUUUUCCGGUCAUGGUAGGUGACAUGGACAACACGGGCAGUCUAAACGCACAGAUCAUCCAUCAACUUGCCAGCCGCAUUCGCUCUAAAGUGGCAAUGCAGACGCAGCAACACAAGUUUGUAAACUGGCAGUGUGAUGCCGAAUACCGUGGUGAUGACUUCACAGCUGCUGUUACCAUUGGCAAUCCAGAUGUUCUCGCUGGAUCUGGUAUCCUUGUGGCGCACUACCUCCAGUCCUUGUCUCCCGCUUUGGUAUUGGGUGGUGAACUGGUCUAUCACAGGAGGCCAGGAGAAGAGGGCACCGUCACAUCAUUUGUGGGCAGAUACACAGGUAGUAACUAUGUCGCCACGUUGACUGUUGGAGGAGCUGGUGCACAUGCAUCAUAUUACCACAAAGCCAAUGACCAGCUCCAGAUUGGGGUAGAGUUUGAGGCCAGCACACGGAUGCAGGACACAAGCGUGUCGUUUGGUUAUCAGUUGGAUGUACCUAAAGCAAAUCUGCUUUUUAAAGGUUCUUUAGAUAGCAACUGGGUGGUGGGAGCGACGCUGGAAAAGAAGCUAGUACCCCUUCCUCUAUCAUUAGCUUUAGGAGCCUUCCUUAACCACCGCAAGAACAAGUUUCAAUGUGGCUUCGGCAUCACCAUCGGAUAGAACGGCCAUGGCGAUUUAAGAAUCUCAACCGCUACAACCCUCCACCAUGCUUGGACCGGUGCAAAGAGACAUGGGGACAUGGACCAACACUGAAACGGACUCAGAGACUCCCAGUAUUAGCGUGUUGAACCUUCACAAGAACGGACAAGGACACAGAGCUCGCAGGACUGUCCAGUAGAGCUCUCAUCAAUCUAAAUGUAACCUGAUAAACAGACAGUCAUAUGAGGUUUGUUUUUAAAUGCACAUCAUGUGAAAGAAAUAUGUCUGGUACGUGUAACAUUACAGGUGUUUUGUAAGGACGCAUAUAUCCAUAUUCACAAUGAUUCAUUCAAAUACAGUCAGAUAAUGUGGAUAUGCCUUUGCUCUUUUUUUUUUCUUUUUGCCUUUUGUGACAAAAUUGUUGUUGUAUAAGGCGAAAACCAUAAGGCGGUUUUCUCAAGGGCAAAAGACUUACGCCCUCUCCAUUUUUUUGAUUUAUGAACAAACAAAAAAAAUGUGGUCGGGCGGUUUGAGUGUUUUUCUUUUCUUUUUCUUUUUCACUUGUUAAUGUAAGAAUUACAAUGAUUUAAUCUUCAAUAAUUCACUCCAUGAAAUGCUGUUUGUCAAAAUUAUGAAAAUUCAAUGCAUGGGAAGCUCUGGAGUUACAUUAUGGUUUGUUUAAGUCGAUGCCUGUGUCCCUUUGUCUCAUAUAACUAAUCACACAGAACCGUCUGAGAAUUUUGAUCAUGAGGUCCUUUUCCUGUAAUUGUCUGUUAGGGUCUUAGGGCCAAAUUCGGAUGCUGGUUUAAUAUUGACCGGGCCUAACCAAUCAAGACUGAUUUUUUUGUGUGCCUGGACAUAAAAUGCGUCACUGAAUUCUCCACAUGGAAGAAUUUCCAAUGUUUGUAUUGUUUUAAUUAGUUGUUGUACACAAGGUUUUUGGGGCAGUCAAGGGGUUGGUGCAGAUACUGUAAUAAACCUGUACAAUUUAAGCUGGUUUUAAUACCCAGUGGAGUUUUUCAUGUCUCAUGCUGAUUUCAUGGCCUGAUUCUAAUGGAUGAUUGAACAGUGCAAUUAUGUUGAAUAAAUAUUUGGUUGUGAAUGGAGUUUUGAAAAGAAGCAGAUUUUUAUUUUCAUUGCUAGAGUUGAACUUACUCUGUUUGACUAAGGAUUGCAGGAUAAAAUGCUUAGUUCAUCUGAGGUUUGACAGUGAGAUAUGAGAACGAAUGUACA